UAACUAAUUAUACAUACUAAUUCACUCAUUUAGUUAUUGGUCUUGCCAUGAUGUCCAUUCGAUACGCAACCGAGGCUGUCACGCCUUCUCUGGCACGGAUCAAUGUCGACGCCUUUCGCGGGAAGGGAAUGCUGGAGAACAUCUUCCCCGCCGCUUCAGUAUCGGAGCAGCAGAUGCUGGCCUAUAAGACGCUGAGGACUGCCCGGUUCCUUGCAGAUGAGAAUUACCAUGUUCUCUCUGCGGAAGAUUCCUCAUCGGGACAAAUCGUGGGAUACGCGCGGUGGUUGAUCCCUUCACGAACAUAUUCGAUUCUCGCGGGAAGAAGCCAAAGCGAAGAUGAAAGAGACCCUCGUGCUAUGCCUGUGUUAAGUGAGGAGGUGGCUUCCAUCAAGGAUAUGGCUGGACAUGCACCUCCCGGAAUGAACGUGGAGGGUCUGAAUGCGCUCAAGGCGAUGAUGGAGGAGAAGAAGGGGAAGGUUAUUGACGUGGAGAGAGAUAUGGUUCUUGAAUUGAUCGGGAUCUCGAAUCAACAUCAACGACGUGGUCUCGGAUCGCAGAUGUUGGAAUGGGGCAUUGAAAGGGCAAACCGUGCCGGGGUACGCAUUUACCUGGAAGCAACGGAGGCUGGAUAUCCCCUUUACCUGCGGAGAGGGUGGACGGUUGUUGAUGAAUUGGUCAUGGACUGGUCACCGUAUGGGGGGAAGGGAGUAACCAAGUUGACGAUGAUGGUGAAGGAGCCGGAAGAGUGAAACAAUUAAUAGUAACAAAAACGUUAGCCUAUAUAGCUUCCACAGCAAAAUAUAACCAUUAGAAGUCCUAAAUGAC